CAGGUGGCUGCGGCUGCUCCCCCUUCGCGGGCCUCCCACUCGGCGAGCGGCAUAUUUACCGUGACUUAGGCCCCCGCCGGAGGCCUGUCAUCCGUGUGAGCCCUGCCGCGAUCCCCCUGCAACCGAGCGCGGCCGACAGUACUCGCCGGCUGGCUCGGCGGCUCCGGGCCAAGGCUUCCCCUCGGCUGCGCGCAGGCGCCGCUGCCGCCGGCGGGCUCACAACAUGGCGGCGCUGCGCCUGGUGGGGCUGUCCCUGUGCCGGGCCGCCUCCGGGGGCCGUGCGCCCUCCGUGCCCGAGCGCAUCGAGGAGAAGCGCCGAGCCGCGUUGCUCGGCGGCGGCCAGGCCCGCAUCGACGCCCAGCACAAGCGGGGAAAGCUGACAGCAAGGGAACGAAUUCUGCUGCUGUUGGACCCUGACAGUUUUGAUGAAUAUGACAUGUUUGUGGAACACAGAUGUUCUGACUUUGGGAUGGACUCUAGUAAGAAUAAGUAUCCUGGAGACAGCGUGGUGACUGGUCGUGGGCGGAUUAAUGGAAGACUGGCUUAUGUCUUCAGUCAGGAUUUUACUGUAUUUGGAGGCAGUUUAUCUGGAGCUCAUGCCCAGAAGAUCUGCAAGAUCAUGGAUCAGGCUGCUAUGGUCGGAGCACCCGUGAUUGGACUGAAUGACUCUGGAGGAGCCCGUAUCCAGGAGGGAGUGGAGUCUUUGGCAGGCUAUGCAGACAUAUUUUUGAGAAAUGUUCUGUGUUCGGGGGUAGUUCCACAGAUCUCCCUCAUCAUGGGUCCUUGUGCUGGUGGAGCUGUGUAUUCGCCUGCUCUCACUGAUUUCACGUUCAUGGUGAAGGAUACAUCCUAUCUCUUCAUCACUGGCCCAGAUGUAGUUAAGUCUGUUACCAAUGAAGAUGUCACCCAAGAGCAGCUUGGGGGUGCAAAGACGCACACUGCAGUAUCUGGAGUGGCUCACAGAGCCUUUGAGAAUGAUAUAGAUGCUUUACUUCAUCUUCGAGAGUUCUUUAAUUAUUUACCUCUUAGCAACCGGGACCCAGCUCCAGUUUGUGAAUGCCAUGAUCCCAGUGACCGUUUGGUGCCUGAGCUGGACACACUCGUCCCAACUGAAUCUACUAAAGCCUAUGACAUGCUGGAUAUCAUACACUCUAUUGUGGAUGAAAGGGAGUUCUUCGAGAUCAUGCCUUCCUAUGCCAGAAACAUUGUGGUUGGAUUUGCCAGGAUGAACGGACGAACGGUUGGGAUCGUUGGCAACCAACCCAAAGUAGCAUCAGGGUGCUUAGACAUAAAUUCUUCAGUGAAGGGAGCCCGCUUUGUUCGUUUCUGUGAUGCUUUCAACAUACCACUGAUUACCUUUGUGGACGUUCCUGGAUUUUUGCCAGGUACAGCUCAGGAGUAUGGUGGAAUCAUCCGUCAUGGUGCAAAGCUAUUGUUUGCCUUUGCAGAAGCAACAGUGCCUAAAAUCACUGUCAUCACCAGGAAGGCCUAUGGGGGCGCCUAUGAUGUGAUGAGCUCAAAGCAUUUAAGAGGAGAUGCAAAUUAUGCCUGGCCUACUGCAGAGGUGGCAGUGAUGGGUGCAAAGGGUGCCGUCCAGAUCAUUUUCAGAGGAAAAGAGGCAAAUGCAGAAGCAGAAUACGUGGAGAAGUUUGCAAACCCCUUCCCAGCAGCCAUGAGAGGGUUUGUUGAUGAUAUCAUCCAACCUUCGACCACCCGCAGGCGCAUCUGCCAUGACCUAGAGGUGCUGGCUAGUAAAACACAGUCCAGUCCCUGGAAGAAGCAUGCCAACAUCCCACUGUGAGUGUGAGGAGCUUUGCCAUGCUGGGAGACGUGGCAGUAUUCUGACCACAGAUACUCGGUUUCACUGGAGGUCUACUUUGCAAUGGGAAUGCUCAUUUUCAUUUUUAUUUUGCCAAUGACCAUCAAUAAAUCAGAGUAUACAGAUCUCAUGUAAGUUGGGGUCUUACCAGUUCAUCUCUAUAAACCGUUUUUGGUGGGCUAAUAACACAAACUGCAGUGCCUGCUGCAGGCCAGCUGUUACUAAGGUCAAGGUCAAAUGCAGCUUUGGCUCCUUCAUUCUAUAGGUCCUAGGGGUGGCUGAGAUGGGCAGAGCUGCAGUAACCUGUCACUGGCCUGUGGAGUUCAGUGUAGCCCUAGGUCCUAGUCUCACUGAACUUCCUGCACCACAGGCUCACAGAGAGAAAAGCCAUGAGCUUGGAUGUUGGUGUACUGUGGAAUCAGGCUUUGCUGAUCUCAGACUAACUUGUUCUGUUCCUUUGCUACACUGUCUUGAGCUGCAACUCUUCACAUGCUGGCCCCAG